AUGGAGGGGUGUGUAUCGAACCCCAGAAUGGUCUGCAACCUGGCCUACGGCGGGAAGCUGGAGGAAGUGAAGGAGACGAUCCUGGCUGAUAAAUCCCUGGCUACUAGAACCGACCAGGACAGCAGAACUGCACUGCAUUGGGCCUGCUCGGCUGGACACACGGAAAUUGUUGAAUUCUUGCUGCAGCUUGGAGUGCCCGUGAAUGAUAAAGAUGAUGCAGGUUGGUCUCCGCUUCGUAUUGCUGCGUCUGCUGGCCGGGAUGAGAUUGUAAAAGCCCUUCUGGGUGAAGGUGCCCAAGUGAAUGCAGUCAACCAAAAUGGCUGUGCUCCCCUACGUUAUGCAGCUUCCAAAAACAGACACGAGAUCGCCGUCAUGUUACUGGAAGGCGGGGCGAAUCCAGAUGCGAAGGACCUUUAUGAGGCCACGGCAGUGCACCGGGCGGCAGCCAAGGGUAACUUGAAGAUGACUCAUAUCCUUCUGUACUACAAAGCAUCCACAAAUAUCCAAGACACUGAGGGUAACACUCCUCUACACUUAGCCUAUGAUGAGGAGAGAGUGGAAGAAGCAAAACUUCUGGUGUCCCAAGGAGCAAGUAUUUACAUUGAGAAUAAAGAAGAAAAGACACCCCUGCGAGUGGCCAAAGGUGGCCUGGGUUUAAUACUCAAGAGGAUGGUGGAGAGUUAAGCAGCUCAGAUUCAUUCUUU